AACAUUGUGAGAGUAAUGUCUUCUAUUUUUCUAAGAUAAUUAAAAUUUUAGGACCUCAUACAUCGGCUGUCAUACCUUGGGUAUUUCGCAGCCAGGAUCUAGCGGACAUGGGGCCCACUGUGCACUCCCUGCUUCACGUUCUCCAAAGCCGCUUUUCGCAUCAGCUCAUCGCCAUACCUUGACCUCGUUAAACAAUGGCUCCAGCUUCCGUGCACACAAAACAGACGAAAAACAGAAGACGGAAGAAGAGAAGAACUGAGGAUUUCUCCUCGGACUCCGACUCGGAUUCUAGCAGCUCUUCAGACAACGAUGCCAGCCCCAAGCUGAAGCAAACUGAGCUGGUAGAGAAACAACAGCAACAAGUUUCCAUUGACGAUAUGGACGUCACCUCCGACACGGAAACAAAAGACGAACUCGAGCACUUGCAGCUUUCAAAGGAAAUCCAGCAACAAGUCGACAGUAUCAAAUUCACAUCUACCCAGAACCAGUCGCUAGCGGACGCGAAGGAGACCGUGCAGAAAGAUAGACAGGAAUUGGAGAAUAAGUAUUUGGCCUACAUGGCCACCACCUUUUCUGACGAUCUUGACCAGCUCCGCAAAAAACCAGAUUUCACCAACAAUUCGAUUGUUUUGUUGGCCAAAACGCUUCAGUCGGGAAGCAAUAUGUUUGACAGCGAAACCUUGGAUGCGCUUCUAAAGGAGUAAGGAACUAUUUCCUUUUAUCUUUCGUAAAUUUGUGAAGGAAACACUAUG